UCGCGUAGCCAGCAAGCAAGCAGUUUCAGCCCGAACCCGGAAAGGUUAGCACGUAUCUGUAUGUUCCUGAGUCUAGCGCGUCGCGUUAAUUUUAUUUUGUGAAAAUCGUUUUGAAGCAGGAUUAGAGAGGAUUAGCCGUGGAAUGUUGAAUAUCCUUUUGCUGGCAUUCGGAAUGCUAUUUUGUGAAGUAAUAGAAUAGAAACAUUUUGCCAAUAGCUGCUGCGGGCGAUAUUCAGCUAGAAAAUUAUCGCCUAAACGAGUUAUAUGAAUUUUCGAUAAAUUUUCAUCGCGCAAAUUUCAGGCUGCCUUUUUGUGUUUUUGGUGGGUGACAGCAGAAGCAAAGAUUGUGCAGUUUUGUUAGUGCUGAGAAGUGUUUGAUAAUUGUAACACCGAAGAAGGUUUUUGGUAAAAGAUACGGGCAUUGAAGCAAGCGCAAAAGACAAGGAAAAAAAGUUAUUUUUGUGGUUCAUUUUGUCCCUGAUUCCUGGUGUUAAGUUUUACUUUGGCGUUUUUUCAUUCUCUUGUUUUCCGUGUCGCCGUGCGUGUGUGUGAGUGCUAUAGCAGAGCUUGUCAGUUGUGAUCACCAACCCGAAAGCGUUUGUUUUCAUCCAGCGUGUGUGUCGAGUGUCAGUGUAUCGCGACAGUGUUGGUGUUUUGCUGAAACACAAACAGCAGCGAGGGGUCACAAAGGCAAAGGAAUAAGCACGAAUUAUAUUGCUCUCGCAGGAGGAAGAAGGAAAAUGUCGCCUUGUUUUGAAAAGUGAUUCCUAUCGUCUCUCGAGUGAAGGAAGACAGUAUUCGAAAUUCGUUGAUUCCAAUUUCUUGGUUUACGCUUCUUGAUCGUGUUGUGUGAAUGAAAAGUUACCUUGGCUGGAUAGCAGAUCCACUCAUUCCGUGGGGUUCGAUCUGUAAGGUGAAAGGGCAAAGUUACACGACGAGUUCGCUAAAGUGGAAGAAGCACCUGGUGGAAGAGUUUUGAUAUCGAUUGUCGCGAGCUCAGUGCUGUUGCCAGUUUCGGCUGUGGGGGGUCUGUUACAAAGCGUCAACAUUUCCCGUGUAUUGUACGCUGCCGAGUUCCGGUCCGGGAAGCCAGGAGCUCAAAUUCCAUUGGAAACUAUAGGAUCACUGGAGGAAAAAAACGUAGUCGUCAUUACGGAGACCAACGGAACGGCGAACGUCGUCGACAGUAUGGUGAAACGCACUGACGGCACCGAGUCUCCCGUAAUACUAGAAAACGAUGCAGACACAGACAAACGUUGCGUAAAAUAUGGCGAAUUAGUGAUAUUAGGAUAUAAUGGCUUUCUGCCACAGGGCGACCGUGGACGACGUCGGUCCAAAUUUGUGCUAUACAAACGCGGCGAAUCGAAUGGCGUCAAACGGUCCAAGCACUACAUCGUACAAUCACCUCAGACUUCACAGGCAAUUCUCGACGCGAAACAGCACUCGAUAUCGUACACGCUGUCGCGGAAUCAGGCCGUCAUAGUGGAGUACAAAGAGGACCACGACACGGAUAUGUUUCAGGUCGGCCGUUCGUCAGAGUCCCCCAUAGAUUUCGUCGUGAUGGACACACUGCCCGGCGACAAGAAAGACGCCAAAGUCCUACAAAGCACCAUAUCGAGAUUUGCUUGCCGAAUUCUGGUGGAUCGAACCGACGGACAUAAGGCGAGAAUAUACGCAGCAGGAUUUGACUCGAGCAGAAACAUUUUCCUAGGGGAAAAGGCCACCAAAUGGCAGGAUAAUGUGGAAAUUGAUGGUCUCACAACGAACGGGGUCCUGAUCAUGCAUCCCAAGGGUCAGUUCUGCGGCGGAACGGCAGAGUGUGGUUUGUGGCGUGAAACGUCCGUAGGCGGGGAUGUGUUUAGUCUGCGGGAAUGCCGAUCAGCUCAGCAGAAAGGACAGCCAGUCUACGAGGAGACUAAUGCCCUGCAGGACGGUACACUGAUCGAUCUCUGCGGUGCAACGCUGCUGUGGCGAUCCGCCGAAGGGUUGCGACAUUCGCCGACGAAGAAAGAUCUUGAAAAGUUGGUAGAUGAAAUCAAUGCUGGACGUCCGCAGUGUCCGGUCGGCCUCAAUACUUUAGUAAUUCCUAGAAAAGUGUCAUUGGGUGAACACGUCAAUCAGCCUUAUGUGUAUUUAAAUUGUGGCCAUGUACAAGGUCAACACGGCUGGGGACAGGACAAGGCCUCGAACGCGCGCCGGUGUCCAAUGUGCUUGGAGUUGGGUCCUGUGGUGACGCUCUGCAUGGGCGUGGAAAAUGCAUUUUACGUCGAUUCUGGACCGCCAACGUACUGCUUCAAUCCUUGUGGUCACAUGGCAACAGAAAAGACCGUCAAAUACUGGGCCAAUGUCGACAUACCUCAUGGCACCAACGGUUUUCAGGCGGUAUGUCCAUUCUGCGCCACACCCCUGCAAGGAUCUCCGGGCUACAUCAAACUUAUUUUCCAAGAUAAUCUAGAUUAACCAGUGUCCCUCGUGUCGACAUAUUCCCACUCCCCGAGACCAGACCUUUUCUUCUAAAAAUCGAAAGAUACGCAAAAAAUCAACUGAUUCGCAUAUAGUUUGUAGUACGUAAUUGUUAGUAUAUUUUUUAAUCUAAUUAUUUUUAAAUUAAUUAUCACAAAACAAACAAAAAAACGAAAAAAAAAUUAUAGCUAUGCCUCCGUUGAGAAGAACAAAGCCACAAUCGCAAAAAGAAACGAAAUUAAAAUCGGUAUGUCGGUGUCUGUGUGAAUGCGCUAACAUGCAAAUGGAAUAAAGAUUACGUCGGAGAUGCGUCGAACCGAGAAUGUCGCUGCAUGGAGAAGGAGGCCUAUGCCUGUAGCAAAGUUCAUUGUUCAGAAAAUGUUCUAGACGCAAAAAAAAAAAAACAAACAAAACAAGCAGCAACUAAAAGCCAAGAGAUUUACAGAAAUUUUCCCCGUCUUAGCUUUGAAACACUGAAGCAAAAAUCUAUUGUUUCUUCUCUGAAAGCAUAAAUGCCUCUAGCGACAAACGUUGACCGUUUGUUGAUUGAUCGAAUUGAUUAGAAGCACAGCUUAACUCGAGUGAAUGGUAGGUGGUUAGUUCAGUUCGUUUUUUUUGUAUGAGAAAAUGCAUUUUACGUACCUAGUUGUGUUGACUGAUGAGGAUUUUUUCUAUAUCGAAAUUUUUGGCAUACAUGUUUAGACGAUUUAUUUUUCUGUUUGAUUUCAUGUGUUACGAUUAGGAGAUACGAUAAAUGAGUAGAACGUAGGAGAAAAGUUUACGUUUAGCGCGCAUCUUAUUUAAAUUUAUAUUGUGUAAAAAGUAUAAUAAGUAUAUAAAGUCUUAGCAAAAAGCGUGUGUGUGAUGUAAGAAAAA